GUUUGCGUGACUCGCUUGGAUUGAAAUCAAACCCCGAACUUGCGGGAUUUCUCCUCAACUCUCACUAUGAGUCCCAGAAACGCCUUUCAAGGCAAGGAAUACUUUCUUCAACUCCUGCUAGGCCUCAUCCUCUGCCAAGGAUAUCAGAGUUGAUACUAUCAGAAAUUUCGUCAACAGAUUCUAAAGGAAAUGGUAGUACUACAGAAACAGCAGAGUCAGGAGUUGAAGAAAUGGAGAAAUCAAGUUUUUUGAGCCCAGCUACUGCAUCUCAUCAGUCACCCAUAUCCAAAGGGGAAGAAACAAAGAGAAAAAGUUCAUUGGAAACAGCUUUCUCAUCUUCAUUUGUAGACCCUUUUAGUUUGAGUAUUAGCAUUACGAAAGAAUCUGAAGAAGAAAAAGGAAGUGUUGAUGAUGAUAGUGAUGAUGAUUUUGAUGUAGAAGAAUAUGAAGUGACUUUAGGUGAAGAUGAAACUAUUGACAUCGAAGAUGUAGCUGGAGGUGACUUGGUCUUUGGAAGUGAUGAAGUUAUAGAGACGGUGGAUGAACCACCAGAAUACUUCACUGGCCCAGGUAUCACCCAGGUGUUGUCGAUGGAGGAAUCAGAUGUUGUACUUGCAUCAGAAAAAGUUAUCGCAUAUGAGAAACAGUUGCUGCUUUUAGCAAAAACAAAGAUUGAUGAGCGCUGCUUGGUUAAAGGGUGUCCAGAGCUUGUAGAGAUUUCAACAAAAUAUGUUGCAUCUGCAUUAUACAUUAUCUGGUCAUGUCCUAGGAAGCAUAUCAAACACAGAUGGUGCUCCCAACCACUGCUCAACAAUGGACUACACAGUGGGGACCUAAUGAUAGCAGCAGCAGUUCUGUGCUCGGGAAACAACUUUAGCAAGGUGGAAUUGAUGGCAAAGAUCCUAAAACUGCAUUUUCCAAGCCAGUCAUCAUUUACUCGUAUGCAACGCACCUAUCUUGUUCCUGCGAUUGAAGAAAAAUGGGAUGAACAUCUUCGCAGCUUUCGGGCAGAGCUUGAGGAUAAAGACGUAGUUCUUCUUGGGGAUGGACGUAUGGACAGUCCUGGCCAUUGUGCCAAAUAUUGUACAUAUUCCAUGAUGGAGAAUGACAGCAAGAAGAUCAUUGCGAUUGAAACACUUGACAAGAGGGAGGUGGGGAAGAAAAGCACUAACAUGGAGAAAGCUGGCUUUCAGAGAGCUUUGGAAGAUGUGAGGUCCAGCAACAAUGUCACUGAAGUAGUGACUGAUGCACAUUUACAGAUUGGUGCAUUAAUGAGUAUGUUAAACUCUAAUACACGUAAUAGAAUAAAUGACAUCACUAAACGCCAGUAUCCUCAAAUUAAACACUCCCAUGACAUAUUGCAUGCCGCCAAAAACCUCGGGAAAAAAAUUGUCAAGGCUGGUCAAGAAAAGAGCUGUCGGGAGCUGCUGAACUGGAGCCAAGAUAUAGUUAAUCACUUUUGGCACUGCAGUAAAAUGGCCAACACCCAUGAAGAAUUUUUGGAUCUAUGGGUAGGAGUGCUUCAUCAUGUUCAGAACGAACAUGAAUGGGCAUUGUCAUAUGUCGGUCUGUCACCAGGAUCGUGCUCCCAUGGUGAAUUAGAAGAAAACAGGGACAAAGAAUGGAUAGAGAAAGGAAGCCCAGCACAUCUAGCCCUGACCAAAAUCGUACUUGACAAGCGCUUCCUGAAUAAUAUCCACUACUAUCUCAAUUUCAGGAGUACAUCAAAUUUAGAGAUUUUUAAUAACCAUAUUCUCAUGUAUGCAUCCAAGAGGAUAUCGUAUUCACCACCAGUAUAUAGAGCAAGAAACAUCUUGGCAGCUCUUGACUACAAUUUGAGUGUGGAUCUUCCAACAGAUACUCGAAAGGAUGGCACAACAAGAUAUCAUAGGACUUAUUCCAAGAAGACUGGGAGGUGGACUGUAGUCCAGAGGAAAACUCAGAAGACCUACAGCCAUGUCUCGGAUAUCAUGAGGAAGAUUCUCCAAAGUCGCUUGGAGUCGGUGGGAGGCAUGCACCAGGCAGCUGAACUUGCAGAAGGAGACCCUCGACGCAUUUCCAGAACCAUAGCCCCAAAGUCACCACCUCCAACAACCGAGCUUGUGGUCAAGAAGAAAUCAAGAUUUCAAUAAA